UGCAACUGCUUCUUGCCUCUCAGCAGCAACAACAGCAACAGCGGCCACAAUCAGCUCCAGAGUCUUCUCCGGUGCCAGCAGCUUCUUCCAGGCCCAAGCUUUGUUUACCUUCACCUUUGAAGUAUGAGGGAGAUCCCAAGCUGUGUAGAGGCUUCGUGACUCAGUGCUCUAUGCAUUUGGAGCUCAUGGCGGAUCAGUUUCCUACGGAGCAAGCUAAAGUUGCCUUUGUGGUUCCAUAUAUGACAUCAGUGGCUCAGAGUGUUGUGUAUCAACUGGAGAUUUAAUGAAAGUUGUUGAUAAAGAGUUGCAGUCUGUUUCUCUUGAAAAUCUACAAACAGGAAUUAAAAAGAAACUAAAAAUUAAUUUUAAAGGUACGUUUCAAGUCAGCGUGGAUAACUGCAUACAUGACACUCUUGACAAGUUACUUCAGAAGAUACCCUGUGAUUAUUCAAGCCAUACAUACUGGUUUACCUCUGCAUCAGAUUUUACUGUGGGAGAACAUGUUAUCCAGAAGCUACAACCUAUUCAACUAUUGUUUACUGACAGAAACACAGAUUGCGGUGAAUGUCGCAUCUUUGAGGGUUCUCAUUCAUAUAACAUCAAAAUUCCUUUAUCGACAAGGGGACAAUUUUACGAGUGUGAAAAAGAAAAAUUGUAUACACUGGAGCAGAUCUUACAAGAACCAAGUUUAAGUAAAUGCAAAUUCAGAUGCCAAGAAUUUGGUCCUGGAAUAUUCAGGCUUUCUCCUGAGUAUGAAAUCAAAACAAUUAUGCAAAUGAGAAAAGGAUUUGUGAAGAUGCCAUCAAGUCUAGAAGUUGAUGUUGUCGACAUCACCGAUCACUGCGGAACCCUCACAUUUGUCCAGCCUUUGUCUUUGACUGAUAUUUUUGACCACCAACAGAAAUUUCCUGUUGUAGCAGAAAUUCUGGAUGCAGCAGAGGUUCAACACUUGGUAAAAAAUGACUCUUACUCAACUCUACAAAAUGGACAGAAAAUUAUAAUUUACAGAAAAAUUCUUUCAAAGAAAGUUCUUGCCACAGGUAUUAAAGGAAAGACCUCAAAAUACUUUUAUAUCUAUGACUCAUACCAAGGCAAAUUUCGUCAAAGACCAAGGGAGUUUGUUUCCAUCUUUGAACUCUGGGCCAAAGCCCUAGAAGGUACUAAACUUAAAGUUGUCACAACCCAGGAUUGUGAAAGUCGUGAUGAAAAUUUUCCUUCCCUUUGUAUCGGAGAUCAUUUACAGGUUUUAUACCAUACCAAAACUGUCUUAACUACUUCUAUGGGACCACAAGAAACUGAUGUUUUAGUCUGCAAUAAAGGUACAGUAGAUGAAGAUGAUGAUGACGAUGAUAAACCAGAGGAAAUAAUGCUUCCUAUAUAUAUGGAAGGGCGAUUUGUUGAAGAAGUUAAAGACACUAAAAAAUACAAACUUUUCAAUAUAAUACAGAAACUCACACUUCCUUGUGAGGUUAAGGUAGUAACAAAAGACACAUCUUUAUUAAAUGAUCCUCUGGCAUUACUUCCUUCUAUUAGACUAGAAGAGAUUAUGGAAGAGUCUGCAUUAUUUGCUUCCUUGUAUGACAAACCUUUAGAGUGUUUUGAGUUGUCAAUUAAAAACGUAAACAUUUCUGUGGUUUUAUUGGAAGAUACAGUGUCAUCUCCUGCUGGGCUGACUAACUCCACAAAAGUAGAAGAACUUACAGAGUGCUUCUAUUACAACUUAAGAAAAGACCUGCCAAGCCAACAACUUCCACCUCCUAGACCACCAAAGAGAGAAGUGAAAGCUAAGGAAAAAAUCCCAUGCAACAAGCCUGUGGAGACCAGAAAAACUCUUCCUCCGAAACUAAAGAAAUCAGAAACCUUCCAUUCUGAUAAUUUCACUGUCCAUCAAAAUAUGUCUCCAGGAGGAAGUAAAAGAAUUAAAGAGACAUGCAAUAUACAAAAGAACAUGUAUAGUACAACACCAAAAAGAAAUGCAGCUUCUUAUGAAGAUACUGACUCUGACGAUGGCUAUGAGAAAGUGGAUGAACAAUUUUGGCAUUUAAGUGUGAACUGAUAACAGUACUCAAUGUUGGACUUGGGGCCACUGGAGGAAAUAAGAGGGCCCACCAGCUAUCUAUACAGAGUUUGUGCAUUGUAAACUUUUUAUUAUUGUUACUAUUACACACAUAUAGGGAAUGUAAUAAAUAAGCUUAAAUGUUAUUUGUAAAUUAGCCCAUAAUGAAUAGAACCUAUUGCAAAAUGAUUGGAUCUAAAGUCAACUUUAAAUGAGGUUUCUUCUGCUGGACCUUUUGGGCCUGUUAUUAGAGCUCAUGCCCACUGGAGGACCUUUUUAACCCCUUAAGGACACAGCAGGUUUUGGCCUUGAACACAGCCAAUUUUUUUUUUCUUCCUCGUCCACCUUUUAAGAAACAUACCGUAUAUACUCGAGUAUAAGCCGACCCGAGUAUAAGCCGAGACCCCUAAUUUCAACCCAAAAUCCCAGGAAAAGUUAUUGA